AUGAACGUGAUCAGGUUCAAGCUGCCGGCCAACUUCGAGCCCAAGUGUAAGGCGUACCGGAGGAGCCACCGAAGGGUACCCAGGAGCGCCCACAUUACACCGGAUACCCUGUUUAGCUUGUGUGAGCUGGCCCUCCGGAAGCUGCUGGCACCGAGGGUGCCCCGUAAGAAGUUCUGGGCAACCGUGUUGGCACUGCUUCCCGGCACGGAAUCCCGCAAGGUAGCGGUCCGCCAUCAGGUGGAACACCCGUUGGACUAUAAUGCCCAGCAGCGCUCGGUCGUCAACGAUGCCAACCACUGGGAGCUGCUGACGGAAUCGUUACGGCACGAGCCGCGCUGGCCCCGGAUCCGGAUCGGAGACUCGGGCCGGAACCGCAUCACGCGCCUCCACCAGGACUACCCACCGCAGCAGAUCUGGCAGAUCCGACCGUACGACAUGCUGACCAGUGCGUUCAUCGUCCGGACCGCGGCCAGGAUUGCGUCGCUCGAGCAGCAACGGUCGCUGGUCCGGAACCGCGGCCGGACACUGACGACCGCCACGACGACGGCAACCUCGAGCCGUCGGCUGAGCCGGGCCCCCUCGAUGGACGUUCCGACCGACGAUGAUGACGCAUACCUGCGCCGGCUGCAGCCGCUGAUGGUGAUUGGCAAGCGGGCGACCGCCGGAAGCUGCAAGCAGCGACUGGCCAGUGUCCCGGUGAAGGCGAACCGCCGCAAAAAGCCCACGCGCUAG